AGCAAAAUCGAUCAGGAGGUUAGUCCAUACGCCCCGCCCCGUCUAGCCGAUUCGUGACUUUGUGUACGGGAGAAAAUGGGACAUCUUACCUUGAAAGGACCAAUAACGCAGGAGCGACUCCACCAGAUAAUCCGAAGAAGCGGGGCCAUUAGAGCCGGCGCCACGAUAGAACCGGAACAAAGAAUGAAGCAGUACGAAUACGACGGCUACUCCGGCGCUAUGUACUACUCCAAGACGCAGAACAUGAAGGCAGCCGAGGACAAACUGUUUGAAAUCAGAGUCCCUCCUGAAAACGUUCACACGAAGAGCAACGCUCCGUCGGAACCCGGCUACGUGUACGUCAUAGUUGGAGAAAGGGUCAUUACCGGCGGCGGUGAUAGUAGUUGGUGGAGUUGGUGUAUCAUUUUGUAA